AUGAAACAAGCAAAGGGAGAAGAGUUGACGGAUAUGGUCGUUACAGUUACUGACGUUAAUCAGAAACAGACUCUCGUGAGAACUGAGGAUGAUGAGAAGUUUUCUUUUUCAUUUCAAGAGAUAAUUGAUAGAGUGGAUAAACUACCUCUCAAUUAUAAUGAUAUUCCAGAAUUCCAAGAGAACAUGUUUUAUUUAAUGACUCAUGACAAUAUAAAGAUCGGUUUUGUUUGUAGAUUUAUCCUAAAUGAAAUGACUCAGCAUUGUGAGAAGCUCGUAGCAGUUACAUUUGAUGUAGACUCUAGUAAGCGUACGAUCAGGUUCAAGUCAAAUGACUUCAAUACAAGAAACGAACAAAUAGAUCAAAUUUCUACUAUACUUAGAGAACAUUCAAAUAUCGAGGAUUUGAAAGGGUGGAGAAAUGAAAAGUAUGCCGUUUGGUGUCCAGAAAAGAAGCCUUAUGUUCUAAUAGAAAGAGCAAUGGCUGGUCCCAUGGGGAUACUUACAUACGGUGUUCAUAUAAAUGGUUACUUUUUUGAUUCUAAGACUAAAGAAAUACGUUUUUGGAUCCCUAGAAGAUCUGCCACUAAACCAACUUGGCCAUAUAUGUUAGAUAAUAUGGUUGCAGGUGGUAUUGGUUUCCCAUAUGGAAUCCACGAGACCGUCAUUAAGGAAUCUUUAGAAGAAGCAAAUUUACCACAAGAUAUUAUAAAUGCGUCAAUCUCUAAUGCUGGUGUUGUAUCUUACUUAUUCUAUCAAGGUAAUUCCAAAGUUGAUAAGUUCAAUAGCCAGAAGAGUUAUAUUGUAGGGGAAAUUGAGUAUAUUUAUGAUAUGAAAUUGAAUGAAGAUACCAUUCCAAGACCAAACGAUGGCGAAGUAGAUAGUUUUAAUGUGUUGUCUUUACAAGAAGUUAUGACGGCACUUCAAAAUGCAGAAUUUAAACCAAAUUGUGCAUUGGUGAUGGUAGACUUCUUAAUAAGACAUGGUUUUAUCACAACCGAAAACGAGCCAAACUAUUUGGAAAUAGUUAACAGAAUUCAUAGAACAUUACCAUUCCCAACUAGAAAUUAG